AUGGAGCAGCCCGCUCCGACAGACGCCGACGCAAAGAAGGCCGACAAGGCGGCCAAGAAGGCGGCCAAGGAGGCCAAGUUCGCGGCCAAGAAGGCGGCCCAGGAGGCGCAGCAGCAGAAGCAGGCGGCCGACGGCGCCGCCAAGCCGGCGGCGCCCAAGGAGGCGCCGCCGGUCGAGGACCCUGCGGCGCUCGCGACGGCGUACGUCAACCCGACGCCGGCGGGCGAGCUCAAGGCGAUGUCCGGUCCGAUGGCGCAAAAGUACCUCCCGCACGAGGUCGAGGCCUCGUGGAACGCCUGGUGGGAGGCGUCGGGCUACUACAGGGGCAACUCGGACCCGGCCGACACGCGUCCAAAGUUCUCCAUCUGCCUGCCGCCGCCGAACGUGACCGGGUCGCUGCACCUGGGGCACGCGCUCACGGUCGCGGUGCAGGACCUGCUCGCGCGCUGGAAGCGGAUGAGCGGCUAUAACGUCCUCUGGAUCCCCGGCACGGACCACGCGGGCAUCGCGACGCAGGUCGUGGUCGAGAAGAAGCUGAAGAAGGAGCGUGGGCUGACGCGGCACGACCUCGGCAGGGAGGAGUUCCUGAAGACGGUCUUCGAGUGGAAGGAGGCGUACGGACAGCGCAUCACCAUGCAGCUGCGCCGGCUCGGCUGCUCGCUCGACUGGUCGCGCGAGGUCUUCACGAUGGACGAGCAGCGCGCCGCGUCGGUCAAGGCCGCCUUCCUCCGCUUCCACAAGGAGGGGCUGAUCUACCGCGACGUGCGGCUCACCAACUGGUGCUGCAUCCUCCGCUCGGGCAUCUCGGACAUCGAGGUCGAGUACGAGGACCUCGAGGCGCCAAAGCGGCUCUCGGUGCCCGGCCACCCCAAGGACAGGACGUACGUCUUUGGCCGGAUCUGGUCCUUCGCUUACAAGGUCGACGGCAGCGACGAGGAGAUCGUGGUCGCCACCACUCGGCCGGAGACGAUGCUGGGCGACGUCGCGGUGGCGGUGCACCCCGACGACCCCCGGUACAAGCAACUCCACGGCAAGCAGCUGGUCCACCCGUUUGUGGCGCGCAAGAUCAAGCUCAUCCUCGACCCUGUGCUCGUGGACAUGAGCUUCGGCACCGGCGCCGUCAAGGUGACGCCCGCGCACGACCCGAACGAUUUUGCUUGCGGCCGGCGGCACGGGCUCGACGAGAUCACCGUCUUCACCGAGGAGGGCAAGAUGGCCGACAACUGCGGCAUGUUUGCGGGGAUGAUGCGCUUCGACGCGCGCGUGGAGCUGCUCGCCGAGCUCAAGCGGCGCGGCCUGCACCGGGGCGAGGCGGACAACAAGAUGCGGCUCGGCGUGUGCCAGCGCACCGGAGACAUCAUCGAGCCGAUGCUCAAGCCGCAGUGGUGGGUGGACUGCUCGGGCAUGGCGAGGCGCGCAGUCGAGGCGGUGCGGCAGGGCGAGCUCAAGAUCAUCCCGGCGGAGCACGAGCGGACGUGGUACGCCUGGCUGGAGAACAUCCGCGACUGGUGCGUCUCGAGGCAGCUUUGGUGGGGCCACCGCAUCCCUGCCUACUUCCCGACGGUCAAGGGCGAGAAGGUGGAGGUGGUGGUGGCGGGGUCGAUGGAGGAGGCGCGCGAGGCGGCGGCCGCGCGUCGGGGGGGAGCGCGCGAGGCCGUGGUGGAGCGGGAGGGGUGCGCCGCGGAGGACGCGCCCGACUACGCCGCGUGGCACCCGACCUCGCUGCUCGAGACGGGGCAGGACAUCCUCUUCUUCUGGGUCGCGCGCAUGGUCAUGCUGCCCUUCAGCGAGGUGUACCUGCACGCGAUGGUGCGCGACAAGCGCGGCCGCAAGAUGUCGAAGUCGCUCGGCAACGAGCUCGCCGCGGCCAAGAAGAUGAACGAGGAGGAGUUCCCGCUGGGCAUCCCUGAGCGCGACGUGAACUUGGACAUCGCGCGCGUGGCGUGGAUCCUCUCGCGGCUGGCGCACGCCGUGAAGACGCUCGACGCGCAGCUCACGGCAUACGACAUGGCGGCCGCCGUGACGACCGUGUACGAGUUUUGGUACAAGGAGCUGUGCGACGUCUACCUGGAGGCGGUCAAGCCGGUGAUGAAGCAGGAGGACGCCGCCGCCAAGCACGCGACCCAGACGGCGGCAGAUGAGCCGAGAUCUCGCCGAGAUGAGAGGAGGCUGGCACGCCGCCACCGAGCCGGCGCUCCGCGCCUGCCUGCGGCGCGGCGCGGCGCGGUGCUCCACGCCUGCCUGCACCACGGGCUGCGGCUGCUGCACCCGUUCAUGCCCUACGUGACCGAGGAGCUCUACCAGCGGCUCGCGCUUCUCGCCGGCGAGCCCCGCGCGUCCAUCAUGGUGGCGCCCUUCCCGCAGCCCGCCGCGGUCGCCGCGUGGGCGAGCGAAGAGGCGGAGCGAGACAUGGAGCUGCUGGCGAGCCUCGCCGCCUCGGCACGCGCCCGAGGUGUACAUCGUCUGCCGCGCGCCCGCGGCGGCGGCGGUGGUGGCGUCCAGCUCGAGACGCUCGCGGCGCUGGCAAAGUCGUCACGGUCGCCGCCGCCCACGCUGCACCUCGUGGCGGAGGGCGAGGCGCCGCCCGCCGGCUGCGCAACGGACGUGAUCGACGCGAGCCUCGAGGUGCACGUGCUGCUCAAGGGGCUGAUCGACCUCUCGCGCGAGGUUGCGCGGCUGCAGAAGGAGGCGGCCGCCGUCGAGGGCCGCCUCGCCAAGCUGCAGGCCAAGAUGGCCAUGCCCGAGUACGCGACCAAGUGCAAGCCGCAGCAGCAGCAGGAGGACGCGGCGAAGGCGCAGGGGUGCGAGGGCGAGCUCGCCGCGAUCGGCCGCGCGAUCGCGCAGUUCGAGGCCGCCGCGUGA